AUGUCGGAACCAAACAAUGCAGUAAUAAAAUACUUACCACAGUUCGGUCAAGGUCUGAUGGCUGUCGGCUACGUGAUGGAUCAUUUCGGAUGCUACGAGGCGCCUCUCCCAAAGAAGUUAAGAGUGCAAUGCAGUGAUAAAAUGAAGAUACUGUAUCCAAAAUGUAAUCCACAGAAGACGAGUCAAAUAUCGAAUAGGAUAAAAUUUCAUAUGCCGGUCAAGAAUAUUAAUUUAUCUUUGGCGAAAAAUCUGUUAAUAAUACUAGCGUACACGUUGGCGAAUAUAUUCUCCGGGGAAUAUCCUUUGAUGACAGGAUUUAUGGUUAUUCUGGGCCACCUUUUAGCAAUAGCAUCUGAUUCCUGUUGCUUGAAAGCUGACGCAAAAGGAGCAAUUUAUUUGACAACUAAAAACGGAACAUUUCCCAUAUCACUCACCUCUCUGAAUUCCCAAGACGACGUGACGCAAGACGCUGCAAGGAUUUUCUCAGCAACCACUAAAAAUGUCACAAGUCUCCAGUGGGAUGACAUCGCCGAUGAUAUAUUGUUCUCGAAUUCAAACGAAACACAAGAUUACGACAAUAUGUGGAAAAACAAUCAAAAAAGAAGCAUCAAUGACGCAGUGUCAAAGAAUAUUACACUAGUUUUAGAGAACUUGUUGAAAAAUUACGAAAAUUCUCAACUACCUACACAUGGAAAAGGCUACCCAACAGUCGUCCAAACAAACAUUUUAAUCAGAAGUAUGGGUCCAGUAUCCGAGCUCGAUAUGGAUUACUCAAUGGAUUGUUACUUCAGGCAGUACUGGCGGGACACGCGCCUCUCGUUCCUCGGGCCCAUUCGCUCCUUGUCCCUGUCUAUCAAAAUGCUGGAGAGAAUAUGGCGGCCCGACACGUACUUCUACAACGGAAAGCACUCCUACGUCCACACUAUUACUGUUCCCAAUAAACUUUUACGUAUCAGUCAACAUGGAGAUAUAUUGUAUUCUAUGAGAUUGACGAUCAAAGCGAAAUGUCCAAUGGAGUUACGUAAUUUUCCAAUGGACAGACAGUCGUGUCCCCUUAUCCUCGGAAGCUACGCGUAUUCAAACCAGCAACUAGUGUACCAAUGGCAGAACAGUCAGAGCGUUAACUUCGUGCCGGGCAUGACGCUCUCUCAGUUCGACCUCAUCAGCUUCCCUUAUCGGAACUUCACCUUCACAAGGAGAGAAGGAGAUUUCUCCGUGCUGCAAGUAUCGUUCAAUCUGCAACGGCACACGGGCUAUUUCCUCAUACAAGUUUACGUGCCUUGUAUCCUCAUUGUCGUGCUGUCUUGGGUUUCAUUUUGGAUUCAUAGGGAGGCAACAUCAGAUCGUGUAGGCCUGGGCAUAACAACAGUUUUGACUCUGUCUACAAUCAGCUUAGAUUCCCGCACUGAUCUGCCCAAAGUUCGUUACGCGACUGCCCUUGAUUGGUUUCUGCUGAUGAGUUUCUUCUACUGCAUUGCCACUUUGUUGGAAUUUGCUGGAGUACACUACUUCACCAAGGUUGGCUCUGGUGAAAUUGUAAUCGAUGAUGCCGAGUGGGAGGAGCUGAUAGAAGAAGUGGGAGGUGACGCGUUCGCGGCCAGGCAACUAGCGGCGCGACGUCGAAGCUCUUCAAGAUCUGCUACUAAUUGUAAUUUCUCUCUACCGUCACAAGGGGCGUGCGGUAGCGAAGGCGAGGAUCUACCCGCACCUGAACAGACAUCAGUGCGACUGACCAUGGAGCGCACCACGCAGACGGAGAGACGUGUCCCGCGCUGGAGGCAGCUGCUCUACUGCCUCGCGGGGGAUGACCGCUAUCGCAGGCAGAGACAGAUUGAGGCCGGUAAGCGUGGCCACAUUAACAGCGUGUCGCACAUCGACAGGGCUGCGCGGGUGCUGUUCCCUGCCUCGUUCGCGCUGCUCAAUCUCUUCUACUGGAUGAUCUACGCGUUAUCCAGCGACGAUUUCGCCUGGAGCGACAACCCUAUCAACACUCUAUCGCAUUAAUAUUACUUUAAUAGUAGCCGUAAUAUAAUAAAAGUAGUAUUUAGAUAUAGUAAUGUAAGAUGUUAUAAAUCUAUUACACAGGUAGCUAUGUAUCUUAUAAGCAUUACGUUAACAUCACAUCUAAAAAACAAGUUAAGCAAGUACAAAAU